GGUUAGGGCAAAGUGAGGGCCGCUGACAGUUAAUUAGUCUCUAAAAAGCUUUUAAGAAAUAUAUGUAACGGGCGGUUUUGAUACCAGUGUCCCACACUUGGAUUUCAACUAUGUUACGCCUGUGUGUGUUACUGAUUGUCAUUUGUGACUCGCUGGGACAAGUACCAGAGGAUUUCUGUGCCGAAGCUCCCCCAGUUUUGAGAGGGAAUCAUUUUGUUAUAGAAACGAAUGAAACAUGGUUUAGUUUUCAGAGAGGACUCGAUGUGACAGUGAAGCCCAAGAAUUACAACAGCUCCAUCAGCGAGGUGGCCGACGUGUUCCUCUACGUGCCCGCCACUGACGCCCACCCGGGAAUCAUGGACUCGCCCACGUCGGGCCACUGGACUGGAAAACAGAACAUAUCGUCUCAAGUGUUCUGUCCAAGCAGUGUCUGGAUCUUCAGUAGUGGCGCCAAGUCGGCCGACCCAGAUUACCCACAACCCAACAUAACCGCUACGUGGUAUGCGGCCAACGAUGGACGCAAUUACGUAUAUUUUGUAGCGUAUGUAACACCCGACCACAAAGAUCCCAAUAAAAGAUGGCCACCUAAGAGGAGGAGACGAUGGUACUACACAUACUCCAAGCGGGUGUACAACCUGAACUGGGUCAGAUGGCGCACCUUGAUAGCAAAGUACGUCCGGAAUAAUCCAUUUUUGAGGAACAUGGAGUUGUGAAGUGGACUGGGAGAGAAUUUUGGUGUGGUAGAGUUAGGUUUCUGCCUGGACGCAGUAGACUGUAUUUACAAACUCAUCACCACUCGUGUAAAUAAAGGAUAUAGAAAACACAAGGAAAGAACUUGGUGGUCUUUAAAUAAAUGAAGAUGUGGUGUGUGAUGGUUAGUAUCUGACGAAAGAAAUGUUUUUGUUGACAAUGAUUUCACACACUGUUCCAGCUCAACUGUUGACGUCAGCUGUAAGAUUCCCAUCAGAAACAAUAACUCUGACAGUGUGCUAUAUUUAUAUGAUAAAGAGAAUAUUAACUAACAUAAAUAGAUUUAAUUCAUUAAAAUGUCACAUUGGUAUUCAAUAAAGCUAAAACAAACAAG